GAAGGAAGCAUCUCAUUCGGCGCUGCUCCGGACGGGCAGAGAGUGCGGGAGCGGAGACCACAGGCGGCGGGGCGAGGGCUGACACAGCCACGGACACGGACACAGCCACAGACACAGACACGGACACGGACACGGAUACGGACACGGGGGCGGUGUCGGGGCAAAGCCCGGGCCCAGGGAAGGAGCACCAUGAUCGGCAGCAGGUCCGGAAGUUUGGUGCUUCCGCCACAGGACGGAGACGGCAAGAAACUCGCUCUGAAAGCCUUCCAGAAAGUUGGGUUACAUGAAGAUGAUGAUGUGAAGUACAUGCUGAGAGGCGGCAAGUUGCGAAAAGUAAAGUCCAGUAAGUGGAAGAAGGAUCGCCAGAUGAAGCUGCAGGAGGACGGGCUCUCAAUCUGGUACGAGUCCAGGAAUAAGUCACCUACGUUCUCGGUGAUGGACAUCCAGGACAUCCAGGAGGGUCACCAGUCGGACGUGAUGACCAAACACGGCGGCAGCUUCUUGCAGAAACGUUGCUUCACCAUCGUGUUCGUGGGCAGCCGGAGCAGCCUGGACCUGGUGGCGGCCUCAGAGGAGGAAGGGAGGUGCUGGGUGCGGGGGCUGAAGAAACUCACCGGAAGAGUAGCAACCAUGAGCCAGCAGGACAAAAUCGAACACUUGAUCCACCAACAUCUGCAGAAGGCUGAUAAAAACAACGACAACAAGAUCAGUUUUAAGGAAAUGAAAAAUAUGCUCAAAAUGAUCAAUCUGAAAGUAAAUGAUGAUUACGUCAAUUCCAUCUUUCAGCAAUGUGACAAAUCGAAAACAAAUAAACUGGAAGAGCAUGAGAUCGAGGAGUUCUGCAAGUUACUGAUGCAGCGUCCAGAGUUGGAGCAAAUCUUCCAUCAGUUCUCAGGCCAGGGGCAAACGCUGACCACUGACGAGCUGCAACAUUUCUUGAAAGAACAGAAGGAGAUGGUUACAGAAGAAAAUUGUUUGAACAUCAUGCAGAAGUACGGACUUUAUGAUAACGGCAAACUGAACCAGGGCUUGACCUUCGAUGGCUUCAUGAUGUACAUGCUGUCUCCUGAAGGGAACAUUUUUAACCCCGACCAUGAGAAUGUCUACCAGGACAUGAGCCAGCCACUCAGUCACUACUUCAUUUCAACUUCCCAUAACACCUACCUGAUGGAGGACCAGUUGGGAGGACCAAGCAGUACCGAGGCAUACAUCAGAGCUCUUCUGAGGGGCUGUCGCUGUGUGGAGUUGGACUGCUGGGAGGGGCCGAAUGGAGAGCCUAUCAUCUACCAUGGAUACACCCUCACCUCCAAAAUCCUCUUCAAGGACGUCAUUACAACCAUCAGGGAUUACGCCUUCACGGUUUCUCUGUAUCCCGUCAUCCUGUCCCUGGAGAAUCACUGUGGCAAGGAGCAGCAGGCGGUCAUGGCCCGGCACUUGAAGGGAAUCCUCGGCAACAUGUUGGUCACCGCUCCGGUCGAUGAUAAAGUCCUGAGGGAGCUUCCCUCACCCGAGGAACUCAAGCGGAAGAUUCUAAUAAAGGGGAAGAAGCUGAAGUGCUCUGGGUCCACGGCAGUGCAGCAGGAGGAAGCAACAGACGACUGUGAAGAAGAGAAUGUGAUAAAAGAAAAGAAAAACAAGAAGAAACUCACGAGGGAGCUGUCGGACCUGGUGAUUUACUGUCAGAGUACCCAUUUCCAGAGCUUUGACCAGACCUGGAUUAGACAAGUUUCCCACGAGACAUCCUCCUUCUCUGAAACCAAGGCCAAGAGGCUGAUUGCUGAAAAUGGGUUCAAUUUUGUCGUUCACAACACCUUGCAGCUCUCCAAGGUCUACCCGCUGGGUUCCCGAGUCAGUUCUUCCAACUUCAACCCUCAGGAGAUGUGGAACGGCGGCUGCCAGCUGGUGGCCCUGAACUUUCAGAAGCCUGGAAUGGAGAUGGAUUUGAACAAAGGGAAGUUUCGCCAGAAUGGUCGAUCCGGUUACAUCCUGAAGCCCAGCUUCAUGAGGGACAGGAGCGUUCUGUUUGAUCCCGCGCGGCCCAUCGAAGGUUCAGGCCUCGACAGGAAGCAGCUGUUCAUCGAUGUUAUUACAGCACAGCAGUUGCCCAAAGUGAAUAAGGACAAAAAGAACUCCAUAGUGGAUCCUCUGGUGCGUGUAGAAAUCCAUGGAGUUCCUGAAGAUAACGCCACAAAAAAGACAAAACACAUUGAAAAUAAUGGUUUUAACCCAGUGUGGAAUGAGUCGCUCCGGUUUAUCAUCAGCGUUCCCGAGCUGACGCUGAUCCGGUUCCUGGUCGAAGAUUACGACUCGUCUUCCAGCAACGACUUCAUCGGGCAGUUCACACUCCCCUUCACCAGCGUGAAAGAAGGCUACCGCCACAUCCACCUGCUGGCCAGGGACUCCGCGUCCCUCUCACCCGCCACCCUCUAUGUUCGCGUCAGGAUUAAGAGCCUGUAGUGAGGAGCGAGCUGACACCCGGAACGAGUGCGGGAGUUGGUGCAGCAGCCCAGGGCUGUCAAUGGGGACUGGAAUCGAGUUGACACGAUGGGGACUGGAAUCGACCUUCGAACGUAUACAGCGAUAAGAGUCGUUAUUGUAACAUGGCAACGUGGGGAGAAACUUUAAACCAGAGAUACGUUGUGGGCAGGGCAGCGAGUGGACCUUGUUCAGUCUGCAUGGAUGAUGCACACCUUGCAAACGCUCCCUAUUUUCAAAAUGCAGUGCUUGGAAGUUGGUCCAGCGGUGCUGCCCAUUUCAUCGUCUAUCCCGCAGAUACAGUAAAACCAAACUCCCAUACUUCAGGGAGCUUCACGUCUCCCCAGAUGUUUAAUGAGAACUUCUACUGCAAGUUGCUCUUGCAGGUUGGAUCCCAGCUCAGAUCCCAGCUGUUCCAGGUGUGACCACUGGCUCCCUGCAGUAUCAGUGGUUCCAUGAACUUCCCAGUCACUGACCGCUCUGUUCCAAACCUCAGGGCCUUGCUAUGUGAGCGCAUUGGGACCUGACUCACAAACUCUCUGAUCCUCACCCUCAACUCCAGCCAGCUGUCACCCCUGCCCCCCUGUCGCUGGAUGGGAAUAAGCAGGGGUGUACAGAGUGCAAUGUGGGCAGGGAGGUUCUGAAGUGUUUGACCACUAGGGCUGGCUGUUAGUUGGGGGACAUUUGCCGAGGUAGAAUCGAGCAGCCAAGCCAUCACCUGGAUAGAUGUGGGAUUUAAAGGUCAGCACAGAGCAGGGAUUUUCAGUGGGGACUCUUCUGAUCUGAAUGGUCCAUGGGAAUGUUUCAAGGAAUCCACCACUACAUUGGGGAUAGCACUGGUGGCUUUGCCCUCACUGCAUCCUCACUCUUCCAGCCUCCAGCCUCAGCCCUUCCCUUUCGGUCCAACAGCUAGCUAUUCCAUCUCUGGAAGAGCCUGACCCAGCUUUGCUCAUUCCAUCUGGUCACUCACGCAAUGGCGUCGCUAAUGUGCUCCUGGGAGCUCACCCUCGAGCCUUUCCUGUCCAGAAGUCUCAAGGUCUCCAUUGGCUGGAACUGCUCUUCAUGUCAUCACAGAUCUCGUAGCCAUUACUUUCCAGCACUGAUUGGGAUUCAACAAGCAACCAUACCCAGGAAACCUCUCGAUUCUCUCUUCCCCUGUAAUUCAUCAUACCAUCUCUGUUUAAAAAAUGUGCUUAACUAAAAUUGAAUAUGGGCCAACUCAGGUAGACAUCUUGGUCAGUAUGGAUGAAUUGGGUUGAGGGGCCUGUUUCUAUGCUGUAGAAGUCCAUAUCCUGCCUUGUUCCUCGUAAUUUCCUAAUUUUAUUCUAAGUCUCCGGAGAUGUGAAUCUUAUUCAGUUUUCAUAGAGUCCGAGUAAUACAGCAUGGAAACGGCCAAUCGGCUCAUUUCUUAUAUGCCAACCAAAAUACCUCAUCUAAGUUCGGCCCAUUUAUCUGCAUUUGCCCCAUAUCCCUAAAUCUUUCCGACCUAUGAAGCUGUCAAAAUGUAUUUUAAGUGUUAUUGUACCUGGCUCAACUACAUCCCUGGCAGCGUGUUCCAUAUACCAACUACUCUCU